UAUGUUUCUGUGUGAGCUGCUCCAGGCUGCUCAUGGUGGCCUGCUGGAACUCCACCAGACUCUCACAGGCACACGGGUCCUUCACCUCGAUCUCCCCCUGACUCUCCUCUGCACACACACGUCAGCACCAUCAUCCACAUGGACGCACAUGUCACCGUGUGGUCACCGCUUCUAGUUUCACUUCAUGAUGCCAUCAACGACGUCGGAGGGAGGAGGAGUCUGAUCAACCGCUGGACGACCUUCCUCAAAGCCCGACUCGUCUGUUCUGUCCCCGGACCGUCCGGGGUGGACACGCACUUCGAUGAGCUGGAGGACAUUUUUGUUCUGGAAACCAAAGACCCUCAAAAUCCAACCAUCUACGGCGUCUUCAGCACGUCCAGUUCUGUAUUUCGUGGUUCGGCCGUGUGUGUCUACUCCAUGGCGUCGAUCCGUGCAGCUUUCAACGGACCGUUUGCCCAUAAAGAAGGUCCCGACUAUCGCUGGGUGGAGUUCAAAGGUCACAUCCCAUAUCCCAGACCUGGAGCUUGUCCCAGUGAGACCUACGACGCUCUCCACAAAUCCACCAAGGACUUCCCAGACGAGGUGGUGAGCUUCAUGCGGCAGCAUCAGCUGAUGUGGGAGCCGGUCCCGCCCCUCGGAGGCCGACCAAUCAUAACCCGGGUCAACGCGCCCUGCAUGUUCAAGAGAGUGGUGGUGGACAGGGUGGAGGCCGAGGACGGACCUUACAACGUCUUACACCUGGGAACAGAUGAUGGGAAGGUGGUGAAGGUGGUGUCGGUCACCACAGACUCCUGGGACCCAGAGGAGAUCAUUCUGGAGGAGCUGAGCGUCUUCAAGAGUCCGACUCCCGUCCUGAGCAUGGAGCUGUCCACCAAGAGGCAGCAGCUGUACGUGUCCAGCGAGCUCGGCGUGGCCCAGCUGGGGCUCCAGAGGUGCGAGCUGUACGGGACGGACUGUGCUGAGUGUUGUCUGGCCAGGGACCCCUACUGCUCCUGGGAUGGACAGACCUGCUCCAGGUUCUUCCCCAGCAGCAAGAGGAGGGCUCGGAGACAGGAUGUGAAGUAUGGAGACCCCUGGAGUCAGUGCCCAGUCACAGAGGACGACUCUGCCUCUGUGGAGGAGAAGUCUCUGUACGGCGUAGAAGGAAACUCCACCUUCCUGGAGUGCGUUCCUCGGUCGCCUCAGGCCGAGCUCCGGUGGACGAGCAGCUCGAAGACAACUGAGGACAGACUUCCUCUCAGCGAUGACCACCGCUCUCUCCACAUGAAGCGUGGGUUGCUGGUUCAACGCCUAGAGCUGGCUGACGCAGGCCUCUACACCUGCACCAGCCACGAGCACUCCUACAGCCAGGUCCUGGCCCGCUACCGCCUUCACAUCAUCCCCAACCACAGCCUCCACCCGGCUGCCCCACACCAGCAGAGCCAGGGCCCCAGCCACGGGAAGACUGGCCCGGCGGGGGGGGCCCUACCCGUGUUCCCGGGCCCUCGCCCCCCGGCGUCUCUGCCGGGACUCAGGAACUCGUGGCUGCCGCAGCACCGGAGCUACAAGGACCUGCACAUGGUGGGGAGCAACAGUCUGAGCGUGGACGAGUACUGUGAGCAGCUGUGGUACCGAGAGAAGCGCCGGCAGCAGAAGCUCCGCACUCUGAAGCUGAAACAGGAGAGCAGGAAAGCUCGGGUGAGGAGGAACAACCCCCCCGAGCCUCCUCUCUAGUCGGCUGCAGGACAGAGACUCAGGACAACAGCUCCUGUGAACUCAGAGGACAACAACGCUUUGUUUUGGAGCAAAAUGCAUUAAAGACUGAGUGUAAUAUAAAACAGAGAGUAGUAUAUACUUAACCUGAAUAUUAGACACCGUGGAAAUAGCAGUGUAGGAAACGUGACUUGUCUCUGAACUGGUGUUACCAGCAGCGUUCACUGUGGUUUGGAACCAACAGCAGCUGGAACCUGUGGUUCUCUAAGUUCAGAGCAGCAGGACGUCCUCAGGCGUCUGAAUCACAGACUGGAAAUAAAGUUUUGCAAAGCGUCUCCACUUCUCCCUCGAUCCAGAAAUCAAGUCCAAACAUCUCACGUACGAACACUUCCACCUCACGAUGAUGACCUCAUUCAGAGUUCCAGUCUGAUCGGGGGAUGAAGCCGUGGUAUCCAGGUCGAACCCGUACACAGGCUCGACCAAUCAGGAGUCAGUGUCAGCUGUCAAUCAUCACGUCUCAGCCUGUUUCUAUAUCAUCAAAUAACUGAUUCAAACCAAACUGAUCAGAAACACUUGAACAAACAUCAGAGAGAGAAGAACGAGCUGAAAUGACAGAAACAACUUUUAUUUAACGUCUACUUGGAUUGUUAUUUUUUUUGCAGUUCAGCAUCCAGCCACCAGGGGGCCGUUGAGACGCUUUGGCUUCACUUUUAGGAGCUGCCAUGUCGUCCAUCUUUAUUUACAGUCUACGCUCUGAAUUAUAAACCAGCUCAUCACAAAGGCUCCAAGAUUCUUUGGUGUGUGACUUGUUUCAUCAUGGAUCCUUGUUGUUGACACUUUAAAAGACAAACUCUGUGUCAGAUAUGAUAUUUAUAUUAUAUUAAAAUCAUCAUGAUCUACAUGUAUUUAUGUGUUGCUGAUCUACAUUGAUGAGAUCUAGACCUCAUACUUAUUACAGUGGGUGGAUUAAAGGCCUGAGUGGAGACGCACACAUGAAAAGGACCUUGCUUGAAAAUACCUGGUAUGUGCAUCUUAUCAGUUCUUCCAUGUAACUAAUAAUUAUUAUUCAUGAUGUAUAUUAAAGAACUCUAUUUUCGAUGGUUUUCUUCCUUCAUGUGUUAGAGUUUAGUAUUUUGUGUUUAUACUUUAACAAACGUGUUUUUUUCUUUGAAUCAAAUAAAAACUGUUUUUUAACGUCACGAUUCUCCAAUAAACUUUGAGAUCAACUUGUUUAUUACUGUAUGUGAAUAAAACACUAAAUCACAACUUACAUGUCAAAUUAAUCCAAUGAAAAGAUGA